UUUCGGUGCUGCGUUUUUCACAGAAAAGAAUUUUUAACAAUAUUUUCUUUUCUUUAUUAUUAUUUUUCUGAUCUGUUUGUAAUAUUUGUUUGAUAAAUCAAAAAACAAACAGAAGUCUUCAUUAUCCAAGCGAUUUUUUUACUUUUUGUUGACUUUUUCGUGAUGUUGCGUGUAACAAACAAGCUGCGAUCAGGCCAUCUUUUAAAACAAAAAACUACAUGUGUAGCAGAGAGGUCAAAUGUUUCUUUCUAAGAGACAUGAGUAAUUUUAAGAACGAUAUUCUCAAAGCACACAACAACUAUAGAAAGAAUCAUGCAGCACCAGCAUUAAAAUGGUCUUCUAAACUCGAAGCAAAUGCUCAGAAAUGGGCUAAAGAACUGGCCAAGAAGGGAUACCUUCAACAUGCAAGUCAAUCUGAAGAAGGAGAGAAUAUAGCUUGCUUAAAAGGUGCUGAAUUAACUGGUGGAAAAGCUACUGAAAUGUGGUAUGAAGAGAUCAAAGAUUAUGAUUUUAAUAAUCCCGGUUUUAAGUCAAGUACUGGACAUUUUACACAGGUUGUUUGGGCAAGCUCGCUAGAAUUAGGUGUUGGCAAAGCGACUGCUUCAAAUGGUAUGCAAUUUGUCGUAGCAAGAUAUUACCCAGCUGGAAACAUGCUGAGGCGAUUCCCGGAGAAUGUUAAAAGAUCUGGUUCUAAACCCACUACGAAUGGAGCUAACACCAAUGGCAAUAACAAUAAUAGUAAUAAUAAUAAUAACAAUAAUAGAACAACGACAGCAAAACCGACAGCAAAACCGACUCAGCCAAGUAAGCCACCAAGCGAAAGACAAACGCCAAAUAAUUUCAAAAACGACUUUCUUCGAACACAUAAUAAAUAUCGCAAACGUCAUGGUACGGCCCCGUUGAUAUACAGUAGUCGGCUAGCUAAAAUGGCAUCCCAAGCGGCAGAAGACGCCGCCAAAACAAAUACAUUACGAUCUAUAGAUGCAAAAGACGUAGGACAAAAUAUGGCAGCGAUGACCGGUGGCGAGUUAAGUGGAGAGCGAGUGUCAACUAUGUGGUAUGAAGAAGAGACAAAAUAUAAUUAUAACUCGCCAGGAUUCAGUUCUAGUACAGGGAGUUUCUCACAGUUGGUGUGGAAAGGUUCACAAGAAGUAGGAGUUGGGCGGGCGUUUGGUGCUCAAGGACAGACAUUUGUUAUCGCUGUAUAUAAACCUCCCGGCAAUAUAAGAGGACAGUAUGCAGAAAACGUGUCACGCUCCAGUGGACCAUUACCAGAUGUAUCAAAAAAGGAGACUGGGUCUUGCUGUAUCAUUGACUGGAAAUUUAUUUGUCAAUUAAAACAGAAUGUCGUUAAUCUAACAUCUGAGGGUGCCGAUCAAACGCUGUGUGUUGUAAGUCACACAAAAUUUCGGAGCUCUAUGUUGCUUAAAUCUCUUUAUUUUACACACUCGACUGUUGCUUUCCUUGUUCCUAUCUACUUUGAAAAUCAAAUUCACGUGUUUGCCUGCUCCACUAGGCUAGUGAGGCAAUCUCUAGACGCUAUUUGUACAACAUUGUAUGGUAUGCAAUUUAUCGUAGCAAGAUAUUACCCAGCUGGAAACAUGCUGAGGCGAUCCCCUGAGAAUGUUAAAAGAUCGGGUUCUAAACCCACUACGAAUGGAGCUAACACCAAUAGCAAUAACAAUAAUAGUAAUAAUAAUAAUAACAAUAAUAGACCAACGACAGCAAAAUCGACAGCAAAACCGACUCAGCCAAGUAAGCCACCAAGCGAAAGACAAACGCCAAAUAAUUUCAAAAACGACUUUCUUCGAACACACAAUAAAUAUCGCAAACGUCAUGGUACGGCCCCGUUGAUAUACAGUAGUCGGCUAGCUAAAAUGGCAUCCCAAGCUGCAGAAGACGCCGCCAAAACAAAUACAUUACGAUCUAUAGAUGCAAAUGACGUAGGACAAUAUAUGGCAGCGAUGACCGGUGGAGAGUUAAGUGGAGAGCGAGUGUCAACUAUGUGGUAUGAAGAAGAGACAAAAUAUAAUUAUAACUCGCCAGGAUUUAGCUCUAGUACAGGGAGCUUCUCACAGUUGGUGUGGAAAGGUUCACAAGAAGUAGGAGUUGGGCGGGCGUUUGGUGCUCAAGGACAGACAUUUGUUAUCGCUGUAUAUAAACCACCCGGUAAUAUAAGAGGACAGUAUGCAGAAAACGUGUCACGCUCCAGUGGACCAUUACCAGAUGUAUCAAAAGAGGAGACUGGGUCUUGCUGCGUCAUAUUAUAACUUGUUAAAUAAAACUUUAGCUUAGUUUAAA